CAGUUGCUGAUUGGCUGGUUGUCUUGAUUGUAAGCCUCAUGAAGAAAGUUUUGCCAGCAUCUCUUUCAGUUGAGAAAUUCUGUGAGAGUGAAAAUGUCAUCGCCAAAGAUCUUGAGUUUUCAGCUCAUUCUGAUGCUGUCUAUAUUUACUGGACUAGCAAAUGGGUAUUAUCAAUACCGGUGGGGAGAAUGCAUCUACAGCUCCUCUGAUUACAGUGACAUGGUGUACAUGGAUGGAUAUUACUUCAACAAAUAUUUAUACACACAGUUCAAUAGCACUGUGGGGAAGUAUGUAGGGUUUACUGAGUUUGGAGUGAAAAACGCAGAGUCCUGGAACAACAAUCCUGGCCAGCUGCAGCAAGAGAGAGCUGAAGUGGACAGAGUCUGCAAACAUAAUGCUCAAAACCAUGACUCAGCUGUCCGUGAUAAAAGAGUGAAACCGAAUAUUAAGAUCAGUUCAAUGAGGGAAUCUGAUGCCAAACAUCCAGCUAUGCUGAUGUGUAGCGCAUUUCGCUUCUACCCACAAAGAAUCAAAGUGACCUGGUUAAAAAACAAUCAACCUGUGACCACUGAUGUGACCUCAACUGAGGAGAUGCCUAAUGGAGACUGGUACUAUCAGAUCCACUCCCACCUGGAGUAUACCCCCAAAUCUGGAGAGAAGAUCUCAUGUAUGGUGGAGCAUGCCAGCUCUACUAAACCUAUGAUCGUUGACUGGGACCCCUCUCUUCCUGAGUCUGAGAGAAAUAAGAUUGCUAUCGGGGCUUCUGGUCUGGUGCUGGGAAUCGUCUUAGCAGCUGCUGGACUUAUUUACUACAAGAAGAAAUCAGCAGGGAGGAUCCUUGUACCACAUUGAUAAUGGUUCUUAUACAGACUGACCAGGGAUUCAGCUUGGACCACAGAGAAGGAUUCGGUUUUAUGAUACAACUUGAAUACAUAAUCUAAAGAAAAAAGCAUCACCUGUGACAAAUAUGUUUGAUUCAAAUUUAAGCAUUGUUUUAAUAUUGGUAGUGAUUUUGCUUAUUUAGCAAAAAUAACUUUUGAUGAUGUAUACAGUAUAAAGAUGUAUAAAGAUAAUUGUUUUGCUAACUUUAUCUCCAGAAUUAAUACAUUUUAACGAUCUUACACUAGCUCAUUAACAUAUAAUAUUAUUAUGGUUCCAGGCUAAGAAUAAGAUCAUAUUGAUGACAUUUAGAUGUACAAACUUUAACAG